CAAUUGUCUCACAUUAGUAAAAAAUAAUCGAUACAUAUUCAGUGAGACUUGCCACAUAAUUAUUACCAGUGAAAACCAAACCCCCAUUUCCCGCCACCCCCAUUAAAAUCCCUCAAUGGCGAAAGGCGGAAACACGAAAACCGGCCGAUCAUCAACAAAUCCAGAAGCCGAAGAGCGAAAACGACUAAAAAAACUCGCAAUUACUAAAGGAAUUAUAUCAGAAACACCAGCAAAAGCUUCGUCACUAGCUUUAAAUCCAUCAAAAAUCGUCACUAAACAUCACGGUAAAGAUAUACUAAGGAAAUCGACUCGAAAGAACCGGUUUUUGUUCUCGUUUCCCGGUUUAAUCGGUCCGGUUUCUGGUGGUAAAAUUGGGGAGCUUCAAGAUCUUGGGUCUAAAAACCCUAUCCUUUAUAUUGACUACCCUCAGGGUAGGAUGAAGUUAUUUGGGACUAUUGUGUAUCCCAAGAACAGGUACUUGACACUGCAGUUUUCUAAAGGCGGGAAGAAUGUGAUGUGUGAAGAUUACUUUGAUACCAUGAUUGUAUUUUCAGAUACAUGGUGGAUUGGAAGCAAGGAAGAGAAUCCAGAAGAAACACAACUUAGCUUUCCAGAAAACAUGACUAUGGUACAGCAAAAUGAUGUCGAUUUCAAAGGUGGUGCAGGUUCAACAAGUGAAAGAAUUCAAGGAGUAAACCAUAGUAGAGUAGCUGAUGCGAGUAAAGUAACUGAUGCUAGACAUAAGUCACCUGAACGUGAAUCAGUAAGUGAAUUUUCUGACAGUGAAAGUGAUCCAAAAGAUACAAUCCAAACAACUGCAACUAGGCAUUCUACCAGAACUUCUGGAAAAACAUUCAAGUUUGCAGAAUCUUCUUCUGCAGAUGAUGCAUUUGAUAUGGAUAUUAACACCAUAUCUUCUGAUGAGGAAAAAGAUGAUAUUGGUGCUAGUUUAAUCAGUGGCAAGAAGGAUGCAGAAACUGAAGUAGCUAAGGUUUCUGAAAAACAUCCAGAAGUUACCAAAGCAGCAACACAAUCGAAGAAUGGUUCUCAUAGUAGUCAUGGUCCGCUUGUUCAAGCAACAAUAGCAACACUAUUUAAGAAAAAAGAGGAAAAGAUGGCAAUAAGCACAUCAGCACAGCCGACGCCAUUGAAAGUUUCUAGGAAAAGAUUGAAGGAGCCAUCUUCAGAAGAGAAGAUUGAUCAAAGUAACGUAAAAGGUUCAGCACAGAAGGGAAAAGCAAUAAAAGAGAGUAAAACUGGUACAAAGUCUACCCCAAAGAAGAAAAAACCUAAGGUGUCUGAUGACGAAAUUGAAGAAAUAUCAGAUCCAUCAGAGGAUUCAAGUGAUGAAGAUUGGGGUGCUUGAUUAUUUUAAUCCAUUUAAUGAAGACAUUUAUGGUCCCAUGCUCUCUAAACUGUACCCCACAUUCAAGAAAUUUUAUAUUCGUUCAGAUCCAGCAGAAAGGGAGGGAUAAUCUUUGUCUAUAUGGCUGGCGAACUUUGGGAAAUUAUCUGAUAUCUAGGACAGUAGUCUAGUUUAGACCAGAGGAUGAAGUUUUAUGAAUUUGUAUGUGUUCAGUUUAUGACUGAUUUCAAGUUGACCAUGAUGCAAGAAGCGUUUUGGUGUGUUCUCGUGUACCUGAUUGAUGUAUUGAGUUUGUUGGUGUACGCCCGAGGUUUUUUUUCCCAUGCUACCAAGUUAUAUGUUAUGUUCCGAAUAUUACCUCUGAAAUAUAUGCGACUUAUAGUCUUAUGGAUUU